AUGUUGCCGCUCAAUGCGUUUUUAUUCCCCAAUGCAGAUCCCGGUUCGAAGCGGGUGUUCGAUUGGGUAUACCAAGGCUUGCGCAGCAUAUCCAAUGCGGCUGUGCCAGUGAACCUUCUGAUGCUUGGAGCGAACUUGUCUAAAGGUGCAGAUUUCGGAGCCUUGCCCUUGUCAACUAGUGUCGCUCUCGCUACGACGAAGAUGAUCCUACAGCCAGCAGUAGUGAUGUGUCUUGUUUGGCUAGUCUCCCGCGUCGUCGGGGACAACGGAAGUGACGGGAAGUGGUUAGUUGCCAUUAUGGUUUCGCUUACGCCAACCGCGAAUAAUAUAAUGGUUCAGGCAGAAGCUGGUGGUCAAGACAAAGCUGCUCUGAGCACGCUGAUUUUUACCCAGUACAUGCUGUCUCCCGUUCUGCUGACAGCGUCCCUGACUGCAACAGCUUUCAUGAUGCAGGUUGAUGGGUUCCUGCCGAGCCACCCAUGA